GACAGUUGUGCGCUGCACGAACUAUACUACGCUCGCCACUGCCGGACGAAAAUGUGUUCCGCGUCCACUGUGUACUAAGGCUUGUUUGCACUGUGUUUGUGAUCGUUGUACUAGCAGACAAUUUCAGUUAAGACCCGUAGUAGAUUAAUUAGACGAUGAUGGCUCCAGAAACGGUAGUGACUGUGGAACACAAUAAACCCACGGCCCCACCACAGCAGCAGCAGGGCGGCGCUUUGGACUGGAUUAAAAUCAACACGGAUUAUUUCAAAACGCCACCUGGGAUACUAAAAGUCAUCGAGUUGAUAUUGGGCAUUCUUUGUAUGGCUCUUUCAUCACCCUGGUACUCUACGUGGUUUGUAUUCGUAGCUGUUACGUGUUUCAUCACAACACUCCUGUGGAGCUUCGUCUAUUUUCUUAGCAUCAGAGAAGCGUUAAAGAUCCCUAUCAAUUGGGUUUUAUCUGAACUAAUAAGCACGAGUAUCCAGACAGUGUUCUAUUUGAUCGCGUUCAUCGUGCUAUUCGCAGCGACGGCAAGUUACUACGCGCACGGCUAUGGCGCUAAUGUUGCAGCUGCUGUGUUCGGCAUCUUCAACACAUUGGCCUAUGGAGCAAGUUCUUUCCUGCUGUUCAAGGAACACAAGAGUACCGUGAGCGUAGCGGCGUGAACAACGGCACCGUUCAAGCGCGAGUGGCGGUGGCCGGCCAGUAGCGUAAUCUCUACCAGAGUCCCUAGUAUGACUUGUACCGUUUUAAGUUACUGUUGCGUUUACGUUAACGUCGAUAAGUUUAUAUGGCAGUUUAAGUUAUCAAAAUCAUCCGCUAGAGGUACAGUUAAAAGUCUUCAAUACCUUUCGAGGUAAACAAUAACGUAGCAGUAACUCAAGCAUAUGUUCAAUUCAUACUGGGGAUUCAGAACAAUUUAUACGAACUCGUAUUUUGAAAAUCAAAAUUAUAUUUUAGUAAUUAAGAGAUAUUAAUUAUUAUUGACCAUCUUAAAUAAUAUUGUCCACGAUAUGAAAUCAGCAUUUUAAAAUUAUGUUAUUAUACAUUUCUUUCUAUAAUAUAAGCACACGUUAUCUCAUAAGUCAUAUAAAAAAUAAUUAGCAAUUACAAGUAUUGUAAUUAAUAAUCAAGGCCAUACAAUGUUCACGCAUGUAAAUAAAUAGUACAUACCUAUUAUUAUUUUCACAAAUAAAAUAUACAAAAAUAAACGUUGAUGUUAAUAUUUUAAUUAUUAUUAUUAAGAACAGUAUCUAAAAUGUUGUUAUAUUAAGAAUAUGAAGCAUAUUAUUUGUAAAAGACUGAUUAAAGAAAAGCGGGACAUUUGAAUCUAUAAAACAUUAAUACUUUACAUAUGAAUACCUCGAAGUUUUAUUUUGUGCUAUUUUCUGCAUUUUCUCUUUUUUUCUAUCAACAAACUCUCUUGUAAGUAGUAAAUUUGUUUGCUGGCAUUUUUUUUUAAAUAUAUUUUGUUUUAAAAGUCGAAUUGUAUAUUGAUUAUAUGAGUUCAAUAUCUUUGUUGUUUAAAAAGCAGCGAAAUUUUUAAGGCGGUUAAAUUUGCAAGGAAAUGGACUUACGAAGAAGGUAUUAAAUUCUGCUGGUCAUUGAUAUUAUAUAUAUAUA